AUGUCAGCUGACAAGGUUCAAGUUGAUGCAUUGCUCAAUGAGCUGACCUAUUUGAAGUAUGAAGCUUCCAAGAAUACCUCAACAAUUGCUGUAUCUGUUCUAGUAAAGCAACAAAACGUGGCUAUUGCCUUUUCCAUGGUAGAGAGGAUAAUCAAACUAACAUCAGCUAUGGCUGGAAAUGAAGAGGAACUCAUUGGUGAAAACACUUUCAUAAAGGUGAUCAAUGGGCUUAAUGAGACAAUUAAUGUAUUGCUAGAGUAUCUAAAAGAUGUGAAGGAACAUGGUCAAAAUAAAGGAAAUGAUCUCCUUGCUUCAGUAGGGGUUGUUGGGAGUUAUCUUGCAGAAACACCUGAUGCUUGCAAAGAUAAAGUCAGAGAACUUUUGGUGUAUAUGUUAUCAAUUGAAGCUGAUGAUGAAUCAAGGUUUGGUAAUUUCAACAUUGUUUUCGUUGUUGAAUGCCUUAUAAUAGUGAUAAGGCCAUGUUGCUAUACAGUUGAAGAUGAUAGUUCCAUCUUCUUGGCAUGCAAUACAAUUAUGAAUUUGCUUUUGAAGAAAGAGCAAGUGCAAUUCCCAGUGGACGAAUCAACUGCUGCUGAUCUUUUGAUGGCCUUGGGGUAUUGGGCAGAGGAUGCUAAUGACCCAUCUGUUCUUAUGAUGGCUUCAAGUAUUUGUGCAUUUCUGUUUGAUUACACAUCAGAGGAGGCUCUUCUGUAUCAUUCCAACUUUGAAAGAAGCUCACUUUGUCAUCUGUCUCAGCUCAUUGCAAGAAGUUUGGCUUUCUCUAAGCAGAUGGAGGACCUUAACUUUUGGUUAACCUUACGAGUUGUGAACAUGAGAUUGGCACGACGUAUAAGGUUAAUAGCAUCUGAGGCAGGAUUUUCAUGGUUUGAGCUUGGAGUUUGCUUACUGUUUGAUUUAGAGGCUAAUAUUUCACUAUAUGCUCUUUGGGAUUUUCAAGCUACUUCAAAGAGUAGAGAGUGA